AUGGCAGACAAGCCAGACACGGGGGAAAUCGCUAUCUUCCAUAAGGCCAAGCUCAAGAAAACAGAGACGCAGGAGAACACCCUGCUGACCACAGAGACCAUUGAGCAGGAGAAGCGGAGUGAAAUUUCCUAAGAACCUAGAGGAUUCCCCACCCCCGUCAUCUUCGAGACACCCUAGUCAUGAUGUGGAGGAAGAAGAGCCACCUGCAAGAUGGACACGAGCGAUAAG